CACAUCCUUUACCAAAUGGUUUAAAUCUCAUGCGUGUUUCGGAGUGUAAACUCUAGAAUAUCUCUAAAAUCUAUAUCAACGUGUUAUUUACUUGUAUGCGCAUACACGUAACGUACGAUCCGAUACAUCGGCUUUAUACGAAGAAGAAUCCGAUGGAUGACGAUCAACGACCAAAACGAAUUUUGUCAAUUAUACUAUUGAAUCGUUCGCUUAGCAUACAUGUUUUAAGCUGAUUCCUCUCUAUGGUCUCUGUCUGAUCUACCUCUUAUAGAUAGAAAGAAAGAAAAAAAAGAAAGAAUACACGGAGAGAAAGAGCGAGGAUACAAAGGAGAGAAAAAGGAAAACGUCGACAACGAAAGAGCGGUGAAAGGCCUAAAUAUGAAUAUGCAUAUACGCGAGGUGCAGUGACUCUAGGAGCACGCUCUCGACGAUACCUGUUUUAAUUCGCCGUUAAUACAUUCUUCUUCCGAUAGGAGAGUAUUCCGGUAUCUCUCGUGCCGUAUCAGAGAGAUUUACUACGGCAGCAUGAUCCCUGGGAAAUGCUUUCAAAGUGCCAUUUGCCGAAUAUCGCGCUAUAUCGAGCUUUCCAACGGAACGAGGCUGGAUGCCUUCCACGUUCCCUGCGCGAUGUGUUGUAGUGUCUAAGAACAAUAGUGACGGACAAUAUUUUGUGCUCGAGAAUAGAAAGAGAUUGGUGACGAUCGUACGACAAAGUGAUCAGCGACGAUGCGAGGUGGACACGUUGACGGACGUGAGGAAGCUCAUGGAGGAAAAGUAUAUUUCUGCGAAUCGGCGAGAGUACGAAGCGUCAUCUUCCUCCCGGGACCGUACGCCGAGUUUAUUAAAUUCAUUCGAUUUUACUCGAAUUGAGAAGUUAUAAAAGGAUCGAGGAAAAAGCUAUGGGUAAUUGGACGAGGAGAUCGUGCGGACUCGCACAUAUGAGUAUCGCGAUGGCCGAGAUAGCUUAGAUCGCGGAAGACGCGAAAACGUUCGAGAGGAAAGUUUUGAAAGCGGGGAAAAAAGAAGAAAAGGGACAGAGCAACAAAUUAGAAAAGUAGAAAAGGUAAGAGAAAUCAAGAAUGGAGUCGACAAAGUUGGGCGGAGCCGCGCCGACCAGCCCGAGAGCCCACUCGCCCGCUUUGCCGAGCUAUUGUACCAGCACGGACGGUAACAUCGAUUACAUCAUCGGCGACUACAUGGAGCGAUUGGGCACGAGACUCAAUAUCCUCGAAACCGAACUAAAGUACGCCUGGAGGGCCCUGGAUUUACUCAGUCAGGAGUACAUAAAAAUGUGGGAGAGAUUAGAAAAAUUGGAAGGUCUUUUGUACGAGCAACAGACGGUGAUAAGUCAGUUGAUUGAGUUUUAUGCGAGCGGCGGCGGAGGCGGCGGCAGCGGCGUCGUCGUCGGCGUCGGCGUCGGCGUCGGCGUCGGCGUCGGCGUCGGCGGACACGAGAACGGCACCGAGGUAGCCGAGGAUACGUUGGCCGAUCAGCAGGAUUCCGUCGGCGAAUUGGACGCCAUCGCGAAGAGUUUGAACGCGGCAAUAGGAAUGGAAGAGACGAGCGCAUUGAGGGAGAAACUAACUCAACAGGAAUUGGCUAGGAUGCACGGUCUAACGCAGGACAGCGCGACCGCGAACGCCGUGGUAACGGACAUGCACAGGAACGUAAGAAAUUUGGAGACUCUGGAGACGCUCGAGGAGGAGGAGGGCAAUAUACCGGACGAAGCCUUCUAUCGUAGCCUGAACAAUGCCUAUAGGGAGGACUUGAUAUGCGGCGACACUUCGAGGCCUACCUCGCAACUCGGUAUGAUAUGGGAGGAGGCCGAGGACGAGGACGUGAACGGUAAAAAGGAAAGCGAGAUCGAUAUCUUCGAGAAGGAUUCGCCGAAGGAAAAGGAGGCGGAGGAAACGUCGACGCAACAGACCAAAGAGGAGAUUCAAGCAUCGGCCACGAAGAAGGAGGACGAAGCGGACGAGGACGAGGGUGAAGUAUUUAGCGCGGCCGAUUACAAAAGCUAUCGAGGCAAUACUCCUUGCGUAAGCGAACAAGACCUCGCUCAACUCUCGAGACUUAGCUCGAUCGACCAGGUAGCUUUGGAGAAGCUCCACGAGCUCGACCGAUUGACCAGUAAAUUGCAAAAGGAUUCUCAAAAUUUGAUCGAACUGCAGUCGCGAUUGAUAGAGUCGCCGAAACGCCGAUACUCGUCCGAGGCCGAGGCGAAGCUGGCCGAGGAGGCGAGCAGCAUAGACGAGCAAUUGCGAAAGAUCUACGCGGAAACGGACGUGGACAGUUGGACGUUCUCGAAGAGUCCCGGAUCAACGGGCAGAUCUUUGUCGAGGGUCAGUACCGACAGCGGUCUCGCGACCGACGGCGAUUUUACCACGAGAUCCAUCUCGCCGAGAUUAAGUUCCGCUUCCAGGAGCAAUUUGGACUCGAUCUCGAGCACUUACACGCCUCCUAGAUUGGGAUACACCUCGGCGGUCCUAGAGAAGAGUCCCGAGCCGGUGAUUCAAUUGCCCAUCGACGUCGGUAACUUCGCCAAAGGCUAUGCGGAGAACAAAGAAUUGACCGAUCUGAUGGCCGAAAGUUUCGCGGCGGUCACCUGCGCGUCGCCCACCAUUUACAGUACCACCACCGACAAAGUACCGUCGCCGACGCUCUCGGUUGGGAGCGUUCACAGCGUUCACAGCGUCCAAAGUAUUCGGACCAGACAAGACGGUUACUUCGGUAGCUCUGCCCGAUUGAACUUGGACUUUCAAGAGAGUAGAACGCCGCCGAGCCCCUCGCCGAGCUCUCCUCCGCCUCCGGCGCCGCGAGAUUCGACCGAGUCCUUCCUAAUGCCUACCGCGACGGAAGACGAAACGAAAAGACCUCAAAGCCCUGGAGGUUACUUGAGGAAUACCGAGAAACUUGUGUCCCUCGAUCAAGGACGGCUGAGCCCGCGUACGCCUCAUUCCCCUAAAUCCCCGAGAGUAUCGCCCAAGCACCUGACGAAGCCGGUCAACGCGGCCAACAUAGCCGCCACCAAAUCCGACUCCGGAUUGUCCUCUAUGAGCGGAUGGAGCAGCUUGGACAAGUCGCCGAGUUCACCGAAGAAUUCGAUCGGCAAAACGUUGACUUCCUAUUCGGCCGAUCACACGAGAACUAACCUGACGGCGUCGUCAGUGACGCAUCAACCGGCAAGGGCCUCUAGUCCGAUACCACCGCUUCCGGAAAGUACGAGCGCCGCCGCCAUCACGCAAGAGCCGCUUUACGACACUCCCGAGGGUAGAGACGCAUUCGCUACCGCAACAGCCACCGCGACCGCACAUUCUUAUUCGACGACGACGAUGAAUCAUUUGUCCUCGUCUUACGCGCCGUCGUCGAUGAAAUCACCGGCUGCGACCAAGGACGAUUACAAUCUCGUACCACCGCCGGCGCCAGGCGCGAACACCUGUCAAAGUCCAAAGAAACGAACGCGCCAGCAAACGGCCCUUCAGCAUAACCUUCAACAUAAUCUUCAACAUGGGAUUCAGCAUACCUACGAUUCCGUACCAUCGGCAACCAUGAUGGAUUACGUCUAUAGAUCGGAACAGCCCGCUAUUUAUUCCGUAGCCGGUAGCAAUCGUCAGCAAGUAAUAACGAGCGUCUAUACAAGCGGUUCCGGUAGCUAUGGCUUCAAAAUUACGGGCUAUUAUCCGGAUUCCGUCGGUCAGUACGGGAACUAUCAAGAAAGUUACAACGCUCUGCAGUAUCCCGAGGCGGCCGGCAUGACGACCCAUAUAAAGAAACCAUUAAGAGGCUCCUACGCAGAGCCAACGAGCAACCAGGACGGAUACAAGGCCGCGAUGUAUCGUACCAUGUUUCCCACGGGAAACAUCACGGACGCUCUGUCCUAUUAUCCGACAAGCGCGAGUUUACCGCGAACGGAGAACAACGAGAGCUCUUGGAUGAACUCGAUGGACGAACAAAUUCCCCACGAUUCUACCUCGUCUAGCAUCAGAUCCCUUACCUCGGACGGUAGUUACGCUCAAAGCCCUUACACGGACCGAAGGUAUCCGCAACCGCCGGCCUAUCAAGCGCACCAACAGUAUCAUCACACAUACGCCAAUCAAAGUUAUCCGCAAACCGUCGGCUAUCAGCAACAGCAUCAACCUUACGGGCAAAGAUUGAUGAGCAGCACCGAAAGCGUACAACUUGCGGACGGUUAUCAGAGACAGUGGCAACGGGAGCAUCAAUAUAUUCAGGAACACGAAAAUGCGAGAAUACCGAUGGAACAGCAACAGCAACAGCAACAGCAGCACCAACAACAACAACAACAACAACAACAGCAACAACAACAACAACAACAGCAACAACAGCAGCAACAGCAGCAAAGCGAGUACUACGAUGCCUCGAACGUGAUAGUAUCUCAGUCCGGUUACAUCAGCAUUGCUACGAAUUUAAAGGAUCACGAGGUCGAGAGCACAAAGUUAACCAAGAAGAUACGACGUGGCGCUUCUUUAAAAAACGCUAUGAGCUCCAUGAGCAACUGGCUACCCGAUCUUCAUCUGAGCAAAAGACAUCGGAGUCAGUCUUUACCAGGCGGAGUCCGAAGGGAGGAUUUGGACGUAUCUCAGGACAAUCAGCAGAAACUUUUGUCCGAGACGAGUGCCGGCAGAGGACGAGGCAGAAGUCAGGCACCUAGGAAAAAGAAGAAGCACACCUUGGUAUCAACCGUUUCUGGUAUUCUUCAAAAGGCCAAACGGCGAACUCAUCACUCGCAAUCGCUUUCGGAUCCUGAACAAUCGGAGACCGAGUGGAGCAGCGGCAGACAGAGCGGACUUUCGGAGGACGAGGACAGCGUGAUGUCCGACGUUAAUCAAGAACAGCCUUUCUUUGCGAAAGUAAAAACGGCGAGCACAAAGCGAAAAUCAGCGCAGCAAUCGAUUACAAUCCAGCAAUCGUCCCAGCUAACCCAGCAGCAGCAGCAGCAGCAGCAGCAACAGCAGCAGCAGCAACAACAGCAGCAGCAGCAGCAGCAGCAGCAGCAGCAGCAGCAACAACAAGUUCUGCAACAGCAGCAACAGCAAAUUCUGCAACAGCAGAAUCUUCAACAGCAACAAGCUUUGCAGCAACAAGCUCUGCAACAACAAAUUCAACAGCACCAAGAACAAUUGCAGCAGCAAGCCGCGCAGGAGGCCUGGGCGAAGGAGAAGGAACAAAGGAGGGUCGACUCGAGUGAACACGAAUCGAGCGAACAAACGAUAGCCAUGGAGGAGGAGGGAAAAAGCACUGGCUCGGGAUCGGGCGGAUCGUCGAUCUUUCAAACGGUCGGGGAUAUAAAACGAUCGACGGGUAGCUCGGACGAGGCACCGAACGAGAAAGCGCCGAAACUACCGCCGGUAACGAUAAUGGGCGGUGCCAGCAUGGAAUUCGCCGUGUCAAGAGCCCUCGGUAAAUAUCGCCAAAGACAAUCCUCGACGGUGUCCGACGAGCAACCGGUGAUGGACGAAAGCGCGACCGAAAAGAAGUCCGACGAUGGUAACGGUCAGUCGUUAGAGCCGAGCUUCGAGUAUCCCGAGGAUCUCUCGGAGAAGAGCGAGAAGAGCGAAAAGUCAGGUAGCGCCCGAUUACCCGAAUUGGUAACGAAUUUGUCGGAGGAAGCUCCGCCGUCGGAGGGUAGCCCUUCGGCGUCGAGCGCGAGAGGAUUCGUUCAGAGCGCCGUUACGCGAUUUCUUCCUCGACAUCAACAAUCCCUCGAGAUACCUUGGGGAGGCGGCCGUUCCGGCGAGGACGAAGACAAUAGAAGUACGCACUCUUACAGAAGCACCUCGAGAGUAUCGUCGAGACGGCAGAGCACCGAGGACUCAAUCGAUUCCGAGGACGAGUGGUACUGUUACGAGUUGCGUAAACUCGAGGAGCUAGAAAGGCAAUCGCAAAUGGAUAUGGAAAUGAGCGAGGUCUUGGUGGAGGAACCGGAGGAACACGAGCCUUAUCAACCGGACGACGCCGUAAAGGAGAGGAUGUCUUGCGUGCUGAAGGAGCUCAAAAUGAAGGCCGCCGGUGCGAGGCCUUCGAAGAUCGACCUGAAGGAAGAUAAGGAAAUUUUACGAGUCGUUGUCAAAACCAACGGUCCCGUUAUCAAGGAACGCCGAAUCGAGGAAAUCGCCGAUAGAUAUCCGAGAGACGAGAAGCCGAUUCCUAAGAGAAAAUCGGCCGAGAGUAUAGAGGCUGUGUUCGCUCGAGUAACGGACUAUCACACGUGGGCGCACGAAGAGGAAGCGAGAAAGGAGAGGGCCGCUACGUCCCCGAGGACCGAGGAUGGUUCCUCCUCGGGCGAGACGUCCGGUCCUGAUAGUCCUGGACGAUCGAUGGACGACGACGAGAUCGAGGAAGAGGAGGAGGAGGAGGAGGAGGAGGAGGAGGAGGAGGAGGAGGAGGAGGAGGAGGAGGAGGAGGAGGUGGAGGAGGGGGAGGAAGAAGAGAAGGUGGAAAGGGAGAGCGACCGGACGAGAAGAUCGGCUCGGGACGAGGAGGAAAGAGGUGAAUUACAAAAGGAUCUCGAUGAGGGACAAUCAAGACGAAGUUCAAGCGGCGUAUCUGUCCUACGACAAGAGGAGAAAAUUCUUCGAGGUACGGAAACCCUAUCUCGCGAUGGUAGCCUGACCGUUGGACUCGCCGGCGAGACGUUGGAAGAGCGAGAUGUUGCCGAGACCGAUGCGAAUUUGGGCCUACCCAAGAUCAAGAUCGAUUCCUCAUCUUGCGCCGGUGCCGCCGACGUUACGAUCUUGAAGGAGGGCCAGGUUAGUCCCGGUCCACCUGGCUCCAAAUGGAAGCUCUUAAAAACGUUGAAGGAACGGAAGGAAGAGAAACUCAAGGAGAUCGAGGAAGCAUCGAAAGAAGCUGCGACCAUUUCUCAGGGACCCACGGCGAACGGAAGUGGACCAGGCGGCGAAUCCGGUGGACGAGCCAACGGGCAUCCAGGCGAUAAUCCUUUCUACAGCAACAUCGACAGUAUGCCGGAUAUUCGACCGCGCAGGAAGUCGAUACCAUUGGUCUCCGAGCUGGUCUUGAAGACAAUGGCGGCGACGAAGAGGAACGCCGCAGGGCUCACAUCCGCGGUGCCCAGGGCUACGCUGAACGACGAGGAACUGAAGAUGCACGUCUACAAGAAAACGCUGCAGGCGAUGAUCUAUCCCAUCUCGUCGACGACGCCUCACAAUUUCGUCACUUGGACGGCCACCUCGCCGACCUACUGCUACGAAUGCGAGGGUCUACUCUGGGGUAUCGCGCGUCAGGGCGUUCGAUGCAUGGAAUGCGGCGUCAAGUGUCACGAAAAGUGCAAGGAUUUGCUCAAUGCUGACUGCCUGCAGAGGGCCGCGGAGAAGAGCUCGAAGCACGGCGCCGAGGAUAAAGCCAAUAGCAUAAUCACGGCAAUGAAGGAAAGGAUGAAGCAGAGGGAGAUGGAAAAGCCAGAGAUCUUCGAGCUCAUUCGGUCAGUCUUCGGGGUCGACGAGGCUGCGCACCUGGGCCACAUGUCAGCGGUGAAGCAGUCGGUUCUGGAUGGUACGAGCAAAUGGUCGGCGAAGAUCGCCAUUACAGUGAUCUGCGCUCAAGGAUUAAUCGCCAAGGAUAAGAGCGGUACGUCCGACCCGUACGUCACGGUCCAGGUCGGUAAGGUGAAGAAACGCACGAGAACGAUGCCGCGCGAGCUCAAUCCUGUCUGGCACGAAAAGUUUUACUUCGAAUGUCACAAUUCGUCCGAUCGGAUAAAGGUUCGCGUCUGGGACGAGGACAACGAUUUGAAGUCGAAACUGCGACAGAAACUUACGCGCGAGAGCGACGAUUUUCUUGGACAAACGAUCAUCGAGGUGAGAACCCUCAGCGGCGAGAUGGACGUCUGGUACAAUCUGGAAAAGAGAACGGACAAGAGCGCGGUAUCCGGUGCCAUCAGGUUGCACAUAAGCGUGGAGAUCAAGGGAGAGGAAAAGGUCGCUCCGUAUCACGUGCAAUACACCUGCCUUCACGAGAACCUAUUCCAUAGUUUAUGCGAGGAGAACGCCGGGAUGGUCAGCCUACCGCAGGCAAAGGGCGAGGACGCAUGGAAGGUGUACUUUGAUCCGCCCGGCGAAGAACUCGUCGACGAAUUUGCCAUGCGAUACGGCAUCGAGAGCAUCUACCAGGCCAUGACACACUUCCACUGCCUUUCGACGAAGUACCUGUGCCCAGGGGUCCCCGCGGUAAUGUCGACCCUGUUGGCCAACAUAAACGCCUAUUACGCCCACACAACCGCUAGUUCGGCCGUUUCCGCCAGCGAUAGAUUCGCCGCGAGUAAUUUUGGGAAAGAAAAGUUCGUGAAAUUGCUGGACCAGCUGCACAAUUCCUUGAGGAUCGAUCUCUCGUCGUACAGAAAUAAUUUCCCAGCAUCGAGCCAGGAGAAACUGAUGGACCUGAAGAGCACCGUCGAUCUUCUUACGAGCAUCACGUUCUUCCGUAUGAAGGUGCAGGAAUUGUCGAGCCCGCCACGAGCCAGCACCGUCGUCAAGGAUUGCGUUAAGGCUUGCUUACGUUCGACCUAUCAGUUCCUCUUCGAGCAUUGCUACGAGCUCUACAGCAGAGAAUUUCAGGCUGAUCCGAACGAACCGAAAAAGGAUCCGGAGGAUCACGGGCCACGACGGGACUCUCUCGACUUUUGGCACAAACUCAUCGCUCUUAUCGUUUCGGUUAUCGAGGAGGACAAGAACAGCUAUGCGCCCGUGUUGAACCAAUUCCCCCAGGAGUUGAACAUCGGUCAACUAUCGGCGGCCACUAUGUGGUCUUUGUUCGCGGUCGACAUGAAGUACGCCCUGGAGGAUCACGAGCAGCAUAGACUGUGCAAGUCCUCGGCCUAUAUGAAUCUACACUUCAAGGUGAAGUGGUUGUACACGAAUUACGUGAAAGACGUACCACCUUACAAGGGUGCCGUGCCGGAAUAUCCCGCCUGGUUCGAGCCGUUCGUCAUGCAAUGGCUCAACGAGAACGACGACGUUUCCUUGGAAUACUUACACGGUGCCUUUAGCAGAGACAAGAAGGACGGGUUCCAAAAGAGCAGCGAGCACGCUCUCUUCAGCGUGUCGGUCGUCGACGUGUUUACCCAACUGACCCAGUGCUUCGACGUCGUCUCGAAGCUCGAGUGUCCCGAUCCGGAGAUUUGGAAGAGGUACAUGAAGAGAUUCGCAAAGACCAUAGUAAAGGUUCUGGUCGCUUACUCUGACAUCGUCAAAAUAGAAUUUCCCGUUCACUUGAAGGAGGAACGAAUCGCUUGCAUCCUCAUGAACAAUAUCCAACAGCUGCGCGUGCAGCUGGAGAAGAUGUUCGAGUCGAUGGGCGGUGAAAAAUUGGAGGAGGACGCGGCGAACAUCUUGAAGGAGCUUCAGCAGCAGCUUAACAGCGCCCUGGACGACCUGGCGAUGCUCUUCGCCAAGAGUCUCGAGCCGCGUAUAACGGCGUCGGUCCGAGAACUGGGAGAUCUCCUUUUGGCUAUCAAAGGUGGCGGUCAGGUUACCUUGUCCCAAGCGCAACAAAGGAACAACGUCGCCGUCGAGGCCGACGAGGUGUUGAGGCCUCUCAUGGUACUUCUCGACGGAAGUCUUUCUCUAUAUGCCGAAUCCUGCGAGAAGACGGUACUCAAGAGAUUAUUGAAGGAACUUUGGAAGAUCGUCAUGAGGAUCCUCGAAAAGACGGUCGUCUUACCGCCCAUGACGGACAAGAGCAUGAUGUUCAAGAAUCUAACGGAUAACGCGAAGAAUCUCGCGGCGAACGCCAAGAUAGAGGACAUGUCAAAGUUGUUUAAGAAUCACAUGACCGGAAAGCCGGACGUCAAGAAUGCUCUCAGCGGUGUCAUGGAUAUCUCGAAAGAGGUGGAGAAGAAUUUGUCGCCGAAGCAGUGCGCCGUACUCGACGUCGCCCUCGACACCAUCAAGCAAUACUUCCAUGCGGGUGGGAACGGCUUGAAAAAGGCCUUCCUCGAAAAGUCUCCCGAACUGCAGAGCCUUCGAUACGCUCUCAGCCUUUACACGCAGACGACGGACACCCUGAUCAAGACCUUCGUUACUUCUCAAAUCAAUCAAGUGCCGCUGAACGAUGCGUCAACGUUACGUCAGCGUCAGCGUUCGAUGAGCAGCGAGAGAGGCGACGAAGGCGAAGGAGCCGAGGGUAUGGAAAGCCUCGAGGAACCCCUUCGCCAGAGCAAGCCCUCUCUUCGUCGAGAGAGUCGUCAAGUUCCAGAUACGGCUGGUACGGACGAAGGUUCGGUGGGAGAAGUUAGCAUCCAGGUUGACCUCUUCACGCAUCCUGGAACCGGCGAGCAAAAGGUCACGGUCAAAGUCGUCGCUGCGAACGAUUUAAAGUGGCAAUUGGCUACGGGAAUGUUUAGGCCUUACGUUGAAGUCAAUCUGAUUGGUCCGCAUCUGACCGGCAAAAAGAGGAAACAAUCGACGAAAUCGAAGAGCAACAAUUGGUCGCCCCAAUUCAACGAAAGUUUCGACUUCAUGAUCGGUAACGAGCAGCAACAAUUGGACUUUUACGAGCUUCACAUUUGCGUGAAGGAUUAUUGCUUCGCGAGAGAGGACAGACUGGUCGGCGUGGCGGUGAUGCAGCUCAAGGAUAUCGUCGAAGAGGGUUCCUGCGCGUGCUGGCUGUCGCUCGGCAAGCGAAUUCAAAUGGACGAGACCGGUUGGACCAUUUUGCGAAUUCUCUCGCAAAGAAACAACGACGAGAUAGCGAAGGAAUUUGUAAAAUUAAAGAGCGACAUCAGACAGGAAACACCUCUACCAAAUCCCACUUGAAACGGCGGACCGUCGGCGCACUAAACUCGACAGCGAUGCGAUACGUCCUUUGAGCUUGGAAAGAGCUCCAAGGUCUUGGCGGAUGGCGGACAAGAUUUUGUCUGACGAUGGGCAAGCAAGAGGACAGGACAAGGAAAGAAUGAAAGAAAGAAAGAAAGAAAGAAAGAAAGAAAGAAAGAAAGAAAGAAAGAAAGAAAGAAGGAAAGAAAGAAAGAAAGAGAAAAAGAAAGAAUGAAAGAAAGACAAAAAGCAAGCGAGGAAGAAAGAAAAAGAGAAAAGAAUGGGUUCGCUCUAUGGUAUUACCGAUGACAAGCAACAUCAACGACUUGCUAUAUAGUCCAUACCGAAAGGAGACAAACGUACGAGGAACGAUCGAGACUGCUCAAAGCGCUAAAUUUCCGGUCGAUCGACCGAAUUCCUUCCGCUCGAUAUUUUUAGGAUCACGAUGAGAGCAACGAUUCGUUGCUACUCCUCUUUCCUGCUUCCUUCGCGCGAAAGGGAUCCGAACGAGCGCCGCUUCUUUUCCCCAUUUUUACGAGUCACACGUGCAACGCCUCUAUACACAUCUACCUCCACGCGUACCCAUCCGCUCUCUCACACACACACACACACACACACACACACACACACACGCACACACACGUACGAGGGACGUGCAGAUAGAUCCGUUUUAGCGUUAUCGCUCACAAACAAUCGCCACAGAGCUAAACCAACGUUCUUUCGGCUCGUCGAUGAGAAAAAAUAUCAAGUAAUACCAAGGACGAUUCCUGCCGUCCCUUUUGGAAAUUCUCAAACUACUCGAGAGCUCGACCGAAGGAGACUGUGAAGUAGUCCCAACGACGACGAAUAACGUUAUCAUAAUACGACAUUAGGAGAGGCAAACGUCAUUGAGAAGAAAGAACGAGUCGUUUGAUUCUUUUCCUCGUGCCGUGUGUCGCGAGGAAAGAAAAGAUAGUACGUACGAAAUAAGAAGAGUCGAAAAAGUGAAAACAGUGCUGCCAGUACGCAAUAUAUUUGCUAAAUAUUCGUUAUGUAAGAGGGAAAAGGAGAAUAAGAGAGCGCUUAAGGAAAAUUAUUGUAAAAUGGAGAAUUACGGACACCCCUGAAAGACUUGGAACGACCGGCAGAUUUAUCGAAGUAAAAUAAGAGGGGGGCAAGCGAAUAAGGGGUCCGCGAUCGAAAGAAAAACAAAAAAAAAAAAAAAAGAAAAAAGAAAAAAAAGAAGAAGAUAAGGUAAAGAAAGCCCGAGGGGAGGAAAUAUAAGCGAAAGACGAUAUUCCGCGCUCGUAAAGACACGAUAACCCUUAGGCCGUUUUGUUCGAACGGACGAGAGUUUACUGUAGAUAAACGUGGAAACAUAUUGUUGACGAGGAAGAAUUUUUCUAACACAAUUAUUUAAAUGUAGCAUUGCGUACGACCAAUGGGCGCGCCCUGACGUCAAUCAAGGCGCGCCAUUAGUAAUAAAAACUUAGGCAUUGUAAUGUAUAAAGUACGUUCUUAUUCGUAAGAGUAACAAAAGUAAAAGAAAGAAAGAAAGAAAGAAAGAAAGAAAGAAAGAAAGAAAGAAAGAAAAGAAAAAAAGAAAAAGAACAAAAAAAGGAACAAAAAAAAGGAAAAAAAAAAGAGGAAGAAAAAAUUAUCACUUCUUUUUCGAAGUCGAAGUUAGGAUGAAACACGUCGAGAUCCACGAGUUGGCUUCGAGUUUCUCUCUUUCUCUACGAGCGAACGAGCGCCCGAAAUCGAAACGAAACUCUCGUUAUUUAUUCAUAGUAAUUGUCCAGCAAUAGGCGAAGACGUUCCAAUGAUACUCGUAGCUUCGAUUUUUCUCGAAAUAUUAAGUACUAUUUAAAGAAGGAAGAAGAGACGAGGCGCUUUUUUAUGCGAACCAAAGACUCUACUAAAAGGCAGACGCGCGAGUACGAUUGGAAAAAAUGCCGCUCAACUCCGCUCGCCUCUCAUCCUCGCGACUGCUAUUCUCUCUUCGGCUUUCUCUUUUUCUCUCUCUUUCUCUCUCUCUCUCCCUCCAUCCCUCCCUCCCUCCCCCCCCCCCUCUCUCUCUCUCUCUCUCUUGAAACUCUCUUACGUAAUCGAAGAAAAAAGGAAAAAAAAGAAAAGAAGAAAAAUAAUGCACUUUUACGUGGCAAAGAACGUUCGCUCGUGGAGAUGUGGUGGAUAUAGAAAGGGCGAGAGGAGCCUCUCUCUCUCUUCGCUCGGAGCUUCUUCGUUGGGAUCUCGAAGCGUAGCUUGAUUAUAUCGAAAAGGGAGCUAGGAAAAGAAGCGAAUGAUAACCACACAUCGUCCAGCCUGUGCGGAUCGAACAGGUAUAAUAAAGGUAAAAUAAAGAAAAACAAUUUCAGAGAUUACGACAUGAUUAUAAUUGAAAAAGUUUCUACUUACGUAGUUACGUCUAGAUGCCAUAUACUUACGUAUUGUGUAUAGUGUGUCUAAAAGAAAACGCUGAAUACGUAGCUGCGAGAGGCCGGCUUUGUACGAGAAACGUAUGGGGAUAUCUAGUUUACGUACGCGCCUUGUAUAUGCGUGGGUAAGCGAAGGUGAGCGCGCGUACGUAGAUUUGUGCGUAUCCGAGCGUACAUCGCGCGAUCGUUUUAUUAAUCGUCGACGAGCUUGGGAAGCGACGACCGAACUACCAUUGAUAACAACUCGAGAGAGAAAACUCGCGAAUUCGGACUCGCGCAUUCAUUUCUUCAUCGUCUACGAGCUUAUUCUCCGAGCGUAUUUUCCAGGCUCGUUCCUCUUUCUUCUCCUUUUUCAUUUUCAUUUCCAUUCAUUAGGACCCAAAAGCGUAUCGUCGAAAAACUUGCCAAAAGAAACGUACUAUUUGGAAGGAACUACCAACACUGGCCGUACACGAUUACACGGUUUCUAUCAGAUUUUCUUCUUCUAGAGGGUUUUGUCACAUGCACACACGUCCAUACAUACACGACACAUACUUUGCUUGUCCGUAAUCGCGAUUCUUACGGACAUUCCUUGGCGAGAUAUCAUCCUCCAUUUUUGCGAUAAGCGCGCUGUUUACUUUCUUUACGUUUCUUCGUUCCGCUUGCCUAAACUCGAAAUUUGCCGCCACGUGCCGUUCAGAAUCGAACGAAGAAGAUCGCAAUCGAAGAACGUAGAAAGAAGAAAAAAAGAAAGAAAAGGACAGAGAGCGAAAGACGGGUCCAUCCCUCCUUUCGAGAUCUGUCUAUUUUCUUCUAGCCGCCUAACUAAGGUACGCGUAAUUAGUGAUAUAAACAAAAAAGAAAAAAAAACAAAAAAAGAAAAAACAAGAAAAAACGAACAAAAAAAAAAGAAAGAAGAAGAAGAAGAAACAGGUAGAUACCGAGAUGGCAUAAGAAAAAAAAAAAAAAAAAAAAAAAAAAAAAAGGGAAAAGGAAAUGACAGGAGGACCAUUUUCGCCGUUUUCCUCGUUGUCGCGUAACUACUCUCCCGCUUGUAUUAAUAUCUCGUAAGCUUAAAAGAAAAUAUCUCGUGCAUUCUGUGAUACUUGGCCCCCUUCCCCCCGCCCCCCCCCCGCCCCGUGAAAAACGCAUACGUACUCACCCUUUACGACGUACACGUACUCGUCGCACGAGCACGUGUACGACUACGAGAUAAGGAACAAACGAAGAUAAGACGCAACUUCGAUCCUAACUAGCUACAAUAUUUUUCUCAUUUUAAAGAACAUUCCGAGCAGAUUUAUACUCUCUGUAAUCGUCUAACGUCCGAAUAGUCUCGAGUCGACGUUGAUAAUUGAGAAGAUGCGAAUCGCAAUAAACGAGCGUCGCCUCGAUCGUGGCACACGGAGCGCGAUGAUAUAUCGACGGGGCAAGAAGAAACGAUAAAGAAUAAGAAGGAACAAAGCAAGUAAAUAAUGACGGAGGAACCUGAAACGCAAAAGUCCGUGCCACGUCUCUCCUUUUUUCCUCGAGAUCGAUGAAAGAAGCGGUAGAAAAAAAGGGCAAAAUGAGAUAUCGUCGUUGAUUUUGACCCUUUUUUCGCCAUCUUUUUUUUCGUUCUUCUUUCUCGCUCUUACCUCGGAGACAACAAGGGUGGAAUCGGCAUUCGAAAGGACUAAACCUCGUACGGGUCUUCACGUUGGACUUUUGCGUUACAGUCGCCGGCAAAGGCGCAGAACCAAAUAUCGAGCCAGACUCCAGGGAUCGUUCGAAGCUAUCGAAAGCGCGUAUUGAAGGGCGAUAUCGAAGAAUUCAAAAAAAGCCGUUUAAGAGGAGAAAAGAUACAAACGAACAAAAAUAUACACAACUGUUGACAAUACUAUGCUUGAAAAAAAAUCGUAUGACGCGUAUGUAAUGUACCUAACGAAUAUUAUUUAAAAAGAAAAAAAGAAAAAAAAAGAAAAACAAAAAAAAAAAAAAAAGAAAAAAAGAGAAAAAAGUAUUAAGCGAAAAAAAGAACGGAUGGAGUUUCGGUGUUUCGCGACUAAAGGGAAAAAGGGAGAAAAAGGAAGAAAAAAAAAAAACGGACGUCGCGUAUUUAAGGAACGAUCAUGGAAAGGAAAACGCGAACGAGUCGCGUAAAAAUCUGUGCGUGCAUGUGGAUGACUGCGUGCUUCAUUAGGUAAGAAAAUGAUGUCUAAUCGAACAAUAGAUGCGUCGUCAUUUUUGUCGUCCCGCGAAAAACAUUGAUAACUGUCAUCGUUGUUAUCAACAUUUUUUUUCACGCGUAGAUGACCAAGUAAAUUCGAUAUAAUGAAUGAAAAAAGAAAAAGAAAAGAAAAGAAAAAAAAAAAGAACGACGAGACGCCGGUGCGCAGUCUCCGAAUACAAAGGUAAUUCCAAAGCAAUUGUAUCCGAUUCAAACACGCACAUUUAACACAACAAAUUUCGAGCGAAUUAAGAAGAGAGAAAGAGAGCGAGAGAGCGAGAGAGCGAGAGAGCGAGAGAGCGAGAGAGCGAGAGAGAGAGAGAGAAAGAUUACUAUUACAUAUAUAAAGAUCCCGAUCUUUGUUAAUAAUAAAUGUUCCACUUUCAUUCGUUCACUCGUACCAAAGAGUUGCAUUCUUCUUAUUUCUUUCUUAAUAUCGGGACGAAAAGCUUGACCCUUCGAGAAACAUCGAACGCGAACGUCAAAAAAAUUUAGCUUUUUCCCGAUUUCGUCCCGUCCAAGCGUUUCUCUUUCUCUUUUCUAUAAAUCAUAUCGUCGGCGAUAAUAAAAAUCUCAUAUCAUUCCUCUCGCAUCGUAGCCCGCAUUGUACAUAAACGUCGCGUACAUAAUAGACGAAUGAUCUUCCGCGUAGCGUCCUCAUCGCGAGAUAGAAAGAGGGAGAGAGAGGGGGGUGGGGGGAGAGAGAGAGAGAGAGAGAGAGAUAGAUGAAUAGAAACGAGAGAAUCGAGAGUAACAAGUCGUACAAAUUUUUAUCGUUGCGUUACGAGCGGAUAAUCAAGGUCGAAUCUACGAAUACACGUUCGCACGUACGAACAAUGGUCAAAGUUUUUAGAAGAAUUCGUUUAUCGAACGAAGUAAACGUGCGCGUCGACUUUAAAAUCGACUAUCGGUUUCGAAGAAUCGUUUGGAAAAUUCACUUACAUAUUUCUAACUGACAAAUACAAAUUUAAGCGCGGAUCUCAGCGGAAGGUUUUUUCAAAAUCGCGAUAGUCGUUCCUUGUAAUAACGUACGCCUUGUAAUAUAUUUUACGAACGAGAUGAUUUCAUAUGUGAUUUGUACAUAUAUAAGAUGAUGCCAGGAGCGAAUGCGUGUGACAAUGCGUGUGCGUCAAAGCGAAUGAUGGUAAAAAAGAGAGAACAAAGAACGGAUAGAUGACGGCGAAAGGACCAAAAAAAAUUUGCAGUUUGAAUGACAGUGUGAGAGAGAGAGAGAGAGAGAGGGUGAGAGGGAGAGUAGGCUGAUGCUUCGAUCAUAACGUUGUGUUUCAUAUCAUAAACAAAAUUAUAAUAUAUCGUUAUUUUUUAAGAAUAAACGACACAUCGAGAGGGGGAGAGAGAGAGAGAGAGAGGGAGAGGAGAACGAGGAAUCGAAAAUGAAAUGACGAAGGAACGAUGAGGACGACAGUAUCGAUCGCAUGGCCUGCAAAUUUAGUCACUAGUAAAGAAAUAAAAAGUUGGUGCGAUCGACGCGGGUACGUCAGCAAACUCGCUGCGUCUUACUACGUUAAAGCUUUUCCUUUUCUUUUUCUUUUUUUGUUCUUUUUCUCGAUAAUAUCGCAAGUCGAGGAAAAAUGAAGUAAACGAGAUCUCGCGACGAAUUGAAAAAAAUAUAAAGAAGCCGCAUAAUGGAAUCGAGUCGGAAUAGCGUCUUACUCAAAAUCGUUAUGGCUUCGCUUCUCUCUCCAUCCUACGAGCCGCAUCUCCGUCUACCCUAUUUCAAUCACCAUCGAUACCUCUCCUUCGACUACCCGCUAUUUCAUUUUCAUAUCGACGCAAGUACGCGCACGUGUAAGAUACUAGCGCAUUUAUCGGCCAUACAGUCACAGAUAAAUAUAUUGCACAUACGAUUGCACAUAUUAUUAUACAUAGCACGCCACUGUACAUAAAUACGUAAUACAUGAUCGUGAUAUUGUACGUCAUAACCGAGCCGUUACCUCGCGCAAUCCUACAAAAGUCGAGAGUUUGGGAAAGAGAAACGCGAGUAAACGGCGAGGAGAGCGAAGGCGUUUUCUAAAAAUUCGAUUUCGAUUUCCCGGCUCUCCCGAACGAAGAAAGAAAAAGGGAAAAAAAAAAAAAGAAAAGAGGAAAAAAAAUGAAAAAAGAAAAAAACAUAUAAUUCCGAUACGUCUGAGCUCGCAUUCGUAUACUCACGUAUAUCGGCGGUGUAUCGUCGUUACUUGUGCGCCACGCUGCGUGUUCUCUCUUUUUCCAAUCGUAUCCUCCGUUAUCGUUUCCACUUCUAUUUACUUAGUGAUAUUGAGAAGAAAAAAAAAAAAAAAAAAAGAAAAAAGAAAAAGAUGCAAAAAAAGAAAAAAAAGAAAAAAAAAGAAAAAAGAAAAAAAAGAAAACAGAGCUAUUAUCUUUGUAAGCUUAAAAGAAGGAAAAACGAAACGAAACGAAGAAGAGAAAAUAUCGAGAUGUCUCGCACGCGUUCCAUUAGCCGAGUCGCCGCGAGCUCCCCCCUUACGUCGUCCUUAGAACGUCCUUUCAUCGGGAGGGAAAGAGAAAAAGAAACUACAUAGGACGAAUGCUCGUUGUGCUUCUAUUAGAGACUUUUUUAAGGAUAUACCACCAGAGGUGCCAUCGAUCCUCGCGAGAGCAUGGUAGAAGAAGGUGUAUGUCGUCGACGACGGCGACGACGACGACGACGACGACGAUCCGCGAGGAUAAUUACGACAAUGGAAUCUCAAAGGAGAUGAGAAAAUCUGUAGUUUCUUCGUACAUACGUACCUCCCUCGAUUAUAUUCUUUCGUUCUAUUAGCUCGAUCGCGAGAAACGGCUUUCUCGUAACGGCAUACACCUACAUUUACCCUGCCCGAUGCGAAUUUCUGUAAUAACAAAGAAAAUAAUAAACGCGCUUUCGCGAAUAAGAAAAAUAAUAUCAGAAAGAAGCGUAUAAGCGAUAAGUACGUACGUUUACAUCGUGUGUGUAUAUAUACAUAUAUGCAUGUCAAUGUAUGUGUAUAUAUAGAUAUAUGGAUAUAUGUAUUCGUGUGCUCGACUUGUAUAGACGGACAGAGAGAGAGAGAGAGAGGGAGGGAGGGAGAGAGAGAGAGAGAGAGAGAGAGAGAGAGAGAGAGAGAGAGAGAGAGAGAGAGAGAGACUAUAUGAAUAGCGGCAC